GCUGUGACGCAGAUGACGAUGUAAACAAGAGAAGACAGUCGAGGGCAGAAGGGAUCAAGCAGGCCGACGUCACCUCAAAUGAAAGCCGUUAAAUCCACUUCAGACGGCCAUGGGGCUCCCCGUCACAAUUAAAGUCAACUUCCGCGGGAACGUGAAGAGAUUCCUGGCUCAGGAUGUGGACAAAUUGGAAUGGGAAUCCGUGGAAGCCUGGAUCAAAGCGUCAUUUGGGAUAAACCAUUUUCAAGUUAAAUACUUCGAUGAAGAUAAUGAAGAGAUUUGCAUAAACAGUCAAGAUGAAUAUGAAGAAGCAAUCAAGAGUGCUGAGAAGCAGGGGAACCAGCUGCACAUGAAUGUGUACAAGAUGAAAGGCCAGGCGUGUGGCGGGCCACUGAAGGCGGAGGUGAAGGAGCUUAAAGGAGACCUCCGGCCGGCUCCUCCUUACCCGUCCAGAGUCAAAUCCGUGGAUAAAGGCACUCAGAUCACUCCAGAGAGAGAAAACGUAGCAGUAAAAGAUACUAAGGGGAAUAAACCUGAUGACGAUCCUCCUCCCAUGUGGUUCAGAUCGUAUAUGGAGAAGUUUAAGGAUGAAGUUGUGAAAGAAGUGGUGGAAAGAAUGUGCAACGACUUCUCUGGCCAGUGUUGUACGCACAAAUCCUCCGACGUGCUCCAAGAGGACUGUGGGGCCAUUGAGGGUCCUAUCGGGCCCCGACCGGGCCCUUCCAACUGUAACGGAUCACUUGGCUACACCCCGAACUGCAGCACCUGCAACAAGCUCACUUCAGAAGGGGCUUACAAAUGCAGCGUGUGCCCAUCCUGCAUCCUGUGCGAGAUGUGCAGACACAGCCAUGAUCCGAGCCACAGCCUGGUGAGAACCAAGACGCCUCUCUCCAUCCCCGAGCACGGAAUGUCGGGAGAGUUUAGGUUCCCAAGGCGAGGAGACAGGACUGUGCGCAAGGCUGAGAGACAGCGCCUCAAAGCUGAAAGAAGGCAGCUGAAAGCAGAGGUGAAGGAAAUCAAGAAGAAACUGAGGCUGGAGAAGAGGGGGUUGCAGUGGAGCGGACCUUCUACCUCAGACAGAGCCAGCCUGACAAACAUGGCCUCCACGUCCACCCAGUUCCCGGCGCUGCCUCCUCCCGCUGCCUCAGAAACGGCCCCAAGUCCAGCCACAGACCCAGGUCACAUCCCAGCCCCGGUCCCCGACCCCCAGGCCUCCAGUCCAGAGGGUCCCGGGGUCUCGCACACGUCCUUGGUGCCCACUAUGGCUGCCUUGUUUCUGGAUGAAAAUCUGCCUGAUAACACCCGUCUGGAGCCUGGUACCAAGUUCAUCAAAUACUGGAAGAUGAAGAACUCGGGCACAAUCAGCUGGACCUCAGAGACCAAGUUAGUAUUCAUGUGGGGAAACCUCGGCUUGGCGUCAGAGGAGAGGAGGGAGGUCCCAGUGCCCCUGCUCCUGCCAGGACAAGUGGGCGUGGUCAGCGUGGCCUUUGUCGCUCCCGUCAUGGAGGGGAUGUACACCUCCCACUGGCGACUGGCGCACUGCGGCUGUCAGUUCGGCCCGCGGGUCUGGUGCAGCAUUGUGGUCGACUCUGGCAGCAGCCGGAACGGGCUCGGCCAUCAAAGCAAACGACCGAAGGAGGAGGGAAAGGCAGCAGAGAGGGAGACGACUCCAAAAGAGAGCGGAUCUGCCUUCCCUGUAGACCUCCCCCAGGAGGACUUCUACUUUCCAUCAGUGGAUCUCCUGACGGCACAGGAUCUGCUGUCGUUUGAGUUGCUGGACAUAAAUAUUGUGCAAGAGUUGGAGAAGGUUCCCAACAACACUCCUGUCGCUUUGACACCUUGCAUAUCCCCCCUCCCCCAUGAUGCAUCAGUGCUGGAAAGGACGAUGACCUCACAGACGAAGGAAGAGUCGGAGGCAACCGGAGUCCGAAAACUUUUUGGAGUCAAACUGAGGCCCAAGGACGUGUCAGAGCCUGUAGCGCAAGAAGAGGAGAAGGAAGAGGAGAUCAGUGGAGCUCAGUUUCUCUGUGAGACUGUGAUCCGCUCCCUGACGUUGGAGGAAGCCCCUGACCACAGGCCUCCGCGCCGAGCCAAGCACAGCAGCCUCAAACCGCAGGUUGUUACCCGGGGACCAGGCUUUGGCUUUGAGAGGCCACUUGGGGUUGAGGAGAAACAGAAGGACAGAAUUAAACAGGAAGAGAUGAAUGCUGAUAGAAUCCAGAGUUUAGCUCCGCCUGCAAACGUAGACUUCAACCAAACGACCCAGGCAGAGGAUGACUCCAGACAAAAUCGUGAGCCUGGAGCUGAAAAUGAAAACCUCACCGUCAGCUCCCAUCAAGAUAACGAAGACAAAGAGGUUUUGCAUGCCAUGCAGAACAUGAAGGAAAAGGACUGCGAGAAAGAAGAAGGCAGAACCAGAGAAGACUGGGAUGAGGUCAGCAGCCAAACGUCCUCUGUCUCCUCCAGCGACGACUACAUCAUUGUUCUCCCAGACUGUUUCGACACCAGCCGACCGCUGGGGGAGUCCAUGUACAGCUCUGCCAUGUCACAGCCCGACACGGCCGCCGCCACUGCGGCUUCGUCCACCGAUCCUGACCAAGAGCAGGAGAAGGAUGAGCCCUGCAACUUUGAGCCAUGCAGGGAGGCUCCGCUGACGGAGAGGAAGGAAGAGGAGACCAUCGCCGUGGAGGAGUCGCUUGGGAACACCUGGCCUCUCCACGUCUCUCCCAUCCACAGCAGUGUGAACCAGAUGCUGUGUGCGUCCCAAACGCUCGACGCCGUGACCCUCACCCCAGAAGUGGUGCCGCCGCCUGUCGUGCCUCAACCCCUGCAUCCAACACCGGUCAUCUACUCGCCCAGGUCAGAGGCUCUGUAUCUGGCUGGGGAUCCCAGUCCUCCAGCCUGCGAACCAUUCGAGCCACAGCCACCAAGGGUUCACCUAAAUGUAUCAUCCGGUUUGUCCAGAUCAGCCGGCUCAGCAUGCAGUGCCUUUGAGGCGUACAAUCCGAGAGCGGGCAAAGCGCUGCAGCCAAGGGGCCAAGGAGGCAUCACAGAGGGACUUGUCAAAGGGGCCCUUUCUGUGGCCGCAUCUGCUUAUAAGGCUCUCUUCACUGGACCUAACUGUUCCAUACAGCGAGGGAUCGACCCCGCCACCAGGCAGGACCCUUCCAUGAUGGCCGUGCUGCUGGAGAUGGGCUUUAAGGACCAGCGGCUCAACCAGCAGCUGCUGAGGAAGCACGGCUACAACCUGCUGCACACCGUCAACGAACUGGUCCAGAUGGCCGAGGAAAGUCAGAACGAAGCUGCUGACCCUCCGCAAUGAGCGGAGCCGCCAUGUCGCCUAGACUCAUAGGAAAUCAUUAUUUCUACCUUCAUUUAAAAAAAAACAAAACGUAACUUUAGAGUUUGACUUUUAAAUGUUUCGCACUCUUCUGUGCUGAAUUGUGUUUAUUGCUUUUUUUUUUUUUUUCCAACAUUACACUACGCUUUUAUCUUCAAAUAUAUGGAACAAAAUUUGAGAAGAAGCAUAAGUUUCCUGGCAUCAUUUAUAUCAUAUAACAGUUUCUGUUUUUCGUUGGGCUUUAACUGCUUUUCUUAAAAUUCCCCAUGUACUGUGCACCUUCUUGUAAAUGAUUCUCGCCGGUAGCUUUGUUUACCCGGACCAUUAAGCUGUAUGUAUUGGUCAAAAAUGAGCGCAAACCGAAAUAUCGACGAUCCUCAUCCCUGUGUUUUGUAUGGCUGGUGUAGCUGCUUCCUCGGCGCUGUAAAUUAAUCCUGCUCCCUAAAGGUUUGGCUAAUAUAUCGAGCGACAAAAAGGAAACUACUGAAGCUGCAUGGGUUAAGAGUGCAGUAAUAAAAAUAUUUAAGUUUUUUUUUCUUUAAUUAUUGUAGUGAAAUUUGCCUAACAAUGCAAUCUACUUCUGUAUCAGAGUACUGUUAUUUUAGACGUUGACAUGUGGAAUGUAAACCAAACUCUCAGAGCGGAUCACUGUUCAGAUUUGGAUGCUUUUUUUGACAACUGCAUGAUGAAUAGAGGCUUUAGAGGUGAGUAAUGUUCUUGUGGUCUUAGCACAGUCAGAGUGAAACAAACACAGAUUUGUGACUUCUUUUAUCAAUUCCACGUGUUUCCGAUCAUAAACUUAAAGUGAAACCCAGCAAUCCUCAUUUAGCGCUAAUUAAAGCUGAGAUGUCUUUUAACACACAUUCCACAAGCUAAACAUGGACCCAAGUAUAUCUGAUUUGAUUGCGUUGCCUCCUGUUAGCGAUGAUGAUUAGUUUACUGAAACAUGCUCGUCAUGUAUAUUGACACUGUGUUGUGUGUCUGGAUUUAAGUUAAUGUGCACCUUCUGUGUGUGUGAGGUUUUUAGAAACCAUUGUUUUCUUAUGUUUACAAUUGUUCCAAGUAAAAAUGCUCUAGAGAGUAAUUCUAAAUAUAUCUUCAUUGCUUGUAAAAUGAUUCUUCUGCAACAGAGUGUACACUUUAAAUACUCUUCUCUCAAUCUGCCAAUAAAAUCUUUGCUCAUC